AUGGACACUCACCUGAACCAGCAGCUACCCAAAUGUUAUAUUCCCUCUCCUGCAACUGAACCCUCAGCAUCCACACAGAGUGAAGUAGAUUCAGUGCUUAGCAAAAUGAACAAGUGUGGGAAAAAAGUAGGGAACUUUGCUCAUGCAUUCCGAGAGCACGUGAGAUUGGGGCACAACAUCACUGAAACAGUGAAAGGGAAGUUGUGGAUGGGGGCUAAAAUUCUUAUAGUAGGUGGGUUGGAGAAAUUGUUCAAGAAGUUAUUUAGUGUUUCAGAAGGAGAGAAACUGUUGAAGACUUCCCAAUGCUAUUUAUCAACCACAACUGGUGCAAUAGCAGGCCUCCUCUUCAUCUCCACCAACAGCAUAUCCUUUUGGAGUGAGAGAUCUAUCAAAGUGCCCUCCCCAAAUGGAGGAAUGGUUAGACUCCACUAUAAGGUAUUAAUCCCACUCAAGAAGAUAAGGGCAAUUAGCCUAUGUGAGAAUGUGAAUAAGCCAUCAUCCAAGUACAUACAAAUAACUACAUGCGAUAAUUUUGACUUUUGGUUUAUGGGUUUCUUAGAUUAUCAGAAAGCUUUGAAAUAUCUUCAGCCGGCAAUUUCUCAAGCUUGAAAUAAUCAAAAGUCAUUUAAAUGAGUGUAA